AUGGAUGACACUGACCUGGAAGAAUUGGAGAGAAAGCGGAAAAAUGAUCCGCUGGCUCCAGGAGGUCUAAGGGGCGAUGGAAGCGUUGUCCCUGACUUUAUGUUCACUUACAUAUUCCCCAAUGAUUUUCCAGUCUUGGAUGGACUUGAAACUCCCAGUGCUGACGAACUAAAUGAAGGCGACCUUUUCAUUACACGGCCUGCCAUUGGUAAGCUGAGUUAGAGCAAUUACAGUUUUUAAUUAAUUUAGGUAGUAGUCAUGUUAUGUGUUAUUCCCCGGACUUCUACAAACAUUUUGCUCAGAUGAAACAGAACGAAAUGGACAAGGUAUUUGAGGGGUGGCUUCAGUUUUUCCAACAAAAUAAGAAACUUGUUGAUUAUAUUCAGGUGAGAUAUUUUUGCAAUAUCAUUUUUACGUUUAGAUAUUUGAAAACCGAGGUCAAGAAGUGGGUUCUUCCCUUCCUCAUCCUCACUGUCAGAUUUGGUCCACAACUUUUCUGCCAACCACAAUCGAGAGGAUGCUCCAGAACCAAAGGGUAGGUCUUUCUGUGUGUUGAAUUAGCCACUAGGAUUAUUACAGUAAGCAUGGAAGUUUAUUAUUGGUAGAUUAUGCAAAAGCUGAAUUGGAAAAGAAGGUCAGAAUAGUUCAAGAACUAGAACACUUUGUUGUUUUGGUUCCCUAUUGGGCGUAUUGGCCUUAUGAAACUAUGAUAAUCGCUAAGCGACCAGUCCAACGGAUAGAUGAAUUGUCGAAGGUAAGGAUUUGUGAGAUUUAAAAGGCGUUUUACAACACCUUGAAGCUUCGUCCAAUUGUAAAUUAAAAAAAUUUAUUGCACUUAAUUUAAUUUACACUUGAGACGCCGCGGGCUACGCUACGAUUUGUAAUGAAACGCAUUUAUUAAAAAAAUUAUUUGUAGGAUGAGCAACAAGACUUCAUGCGAGCAAUUCGAUUAGUUGCUGGGAAAUAUGAUUCUUUUUUCGGAGUGAGUUCUUAAUUACAGCCUAAAGUUUGGAUUCAGUACUCUUCUCCUUAUGUAAUGGGUGUCAGAAAUGCUCCGGUUGGAAAGUAUUUGGAUGAAGAUUUAUCUUUUUGGCAACUUCAUGUCAACUUUUAUCCUCCCUUGUUGGUCAGGGGACGGAGAAAGUUUAUGGCUGGCUACGAACUUCUCUCUGAGGUUCAGAGAGAUUUCAAAGUCGAGAUUGUAAGGUUUAUUAACUUUUAUUAAUAGCAAUUACAGGCUGCCCAACGACUGCGUGAUGUUGUUUUUACACCAAUUGUUGAGUAG